GACUCCCCUCUCCCUUCGUUUCUUUUUCCCACGCCCUUCCAAUUUGGUUUUCCCAAAAACCACGCCGCCAAAAAUCCUUGCCAGCGCCUGCACGCAGCAACAGCACGAGGCCGAGCAAAGAGGAAGGAGGAGGGGAAAAAAGGGGAAUCGAGCGUCGGGUUCCCUUCUCCCACCGCCGCCCCUGUUCCCGAUUCCGAUCUCAUCCCUUUCGCGUUUCUAGCGGUGACGUUGAGGGUUCGAUCAUCGAUCAGCGAGGAGAUCAACGUC